AUGGGCUUCAGUUCACACUCUCCUCGCAUCUUUGCGCGACUCCCCCAUAUUGGACGGACUUCCCUUCAAACAGAGGCCGUCCAGAAGUCUGCAAUCGUGGAGCCCUCCGCUGGUUACACUGCCAGCAUGGGAACUUUCGACUUCUUGAGCCAGCUCCCAGGCGAACUGGUUGACGACAUCUGUGCAAACCUAGAAAUCAAGGACAUUCACAGUUUCCGCUUGACCUGCAAAAUGCUCCACAAGAAAUCCUACCGCCAAUUCGCCGUUUGCCAUUUCCGAAUUGCACAAUUCAUGAUCACCCGCGAGAGUCUUCAAGCCUUAAGAGACAUAUCGAAAGACGAAAGAUUUAGGGCCCACAUUAAAGAGAUUCAAUUGUGCCUGAUUACGUUCCCGACGUCAAAAUUAGAUCAAGUGGAUUCUAAUCCAUUGACGGCUGAAGAGAAGGACAGAGAGGUUUAUAUUAAAUCACAACCAAAAGGGGAAGCUGUGUCAGAAAUGAAGAUUAACUUAGCUGAAUUUAGGAAACAGCUUAAGAGACGGCGACGCAGACUCUAUGGUCGACACAUGCAUUCUCAGCACACCAUCCGAAAGCGGGGUAUUGAUAUAGAGUUGCUCUCUGAGGCACUCCGAAACCUUCCCAAAUUGGAGAGUUUCACCAUUCUUGAACAUCUUGACCGAGAAUAUCCUCCAUGGGGUUGUCGGAAGAUUCGCGAUGAUAUCGGAUUCUGGCCAUUAACAGGAUCCAUGUCCCAGUCGCAAAGUAGUGACUGGAUAACUCCUUGGCAACUGGAUUACGAUCUACUGCGUCGGCAUUGUCUCAAUUUCUGCUCUCAUGCCCUGUCCCUCGCCUUAGGUGCUAUUGCCAGGAGCCAAACUAGGCUGAAAGGGGGGCUCAGAGUGGAAGGAGCGGUCUAUAAUUUUAUCGUAGCCCAGGACCGAUCAAGGAGUCGCUGUGCAACUCCUGCAAAGACAUUUUCUCAGCCUGACAUUGAGAAACUUAAGCCUGCCUUUUCGGAGCUUACAGACCUUUCCAUCAAGUCGUACGGCUACUACCGUGAAGAUCUACUCUUGACUGGACACAACACUCCGUUUUCGUGGCUCCCUAAGUUUAUCCCGCUCUGGCAAUCCGUAAAAAAUUUUGAGUUUAGAGGAGCAGGACUUGCCGGCGAGGCACAGGUUUUUAACAUGUUGGCUGAAUCCAAGGACUGCUUCCCGCGCAUGCAGAGCCUCCUACUACGAACCACUUAUUUCCAGGUUUCCGCCUUGAUUAAGGUCGUCAUGAACCAUGCCGGCACCCUUCAAUACUUGAGCAUCCACGCCUGCGACCCAAUCCAUGGCGAGUUCCCCCAUUUAUUGCACGGCUUAGUGGGAGACUUUGCACUUAUCUCGCUGAAGCUAGUCAAUGAUAGGCGAGUAGCGUCGUGGAUUAGAAAUAACCAUAAUCAAACGCAACUACUCACUGGUCUUGGCACUUCAUUUCUGAGAAUACAAGAGGGCACACCUACUGCCUUUCAGCUGAGACUUGAAAGCACUUUGGCUGCCAUCCGGAAUGGGUAA